AUGCUGAUUCUACUCCCAAAUGCCGUGGAUGGUUUGGAAACUUUGGAAAGCAACCUCGGGCAAGUAGAAAUCUUCAACAUCGAGUUCCAGAUACGAGAAGUGAGAGCAGAUAUCCCUAGUUUUAAAGUGGAAACAACGAUAGAUUUGAAAGAUGGACUCCAGUCGCUCCAAGUACGUGAUUUAUUCGACAACCAAGCCGAUCUCAGUGGAAUAUCCAACGAACCUCUGUAUGUGAGUGGUGCGGUACAAAAAGCUUACAUCGAAGUUAACGAAAAUGGAACAGUAGCAGCAGCAGCCACAGCUGUUGGCGCGGUACCUCUUAGCCUGCCUCAGCCGGCGGAAUUCAAUGCCAAUCAUCCAUUCUUGUUUAUUCUGAGAAUAGAGGAGACUAUAGCAUUUAUUGGGAGAGUUUCAGACCCCAGCCAAUGAACAUAUAUGCGAAUGACGAAAAGUUAACCACUACUUUCGUCACCAACCACUACUUUCAUGUAGUACGAUAAAUUUAAUGUGUUGAUGUAAUGAAAACUCAUAACAUUUGUAAAAUAUAAAGUGUGAAGAUAUAUAAUCUACAAGCCUUUUCGCUCAAAAAAUAUGGCAGCAAAUAUUCUAGUGAUAAGAUAACACGUGAGGUGAUGGGUAUGCUAGUUUAAUAUUAUCAAAAACUAGUAGGAUUACAUUACUCAUUUUCUCUCGUACAAUUUGUAACGAUAAUGUAAAAUAAUAAUAUGUAUUGCAAAUUAUGUAAUUAUAAUGUUUCAGAAAUCGUGUGCAAAUCUCUCUU